AUGGUUUCUCUAAGACUUCUGUUUCUAGGAGCUGUUGCUCCGGGCAUGAUUGCUGCUCUUCCUAGCAACUUUGCCGAGAAUGUUGCCCGAGCAGACUACCCGGAGUUUGUGCCACUUCCAGGGUUUCCUUCAUUGGCCGAGCUCAAUCUCACAACUGAGAUGUUGCAUGCUCCGCCGAAGCUCCUCCCCGUCCCUGAGGGGUACAAAGGACCGGCGUCCAUCUCCGGCGACUUUGCUAUUGAAUACGUCGAUCAGUGCGGCCCCGGCGGCGGCGGUUCUGGCACCCUGCUAACCGCAAACGUGGACGAUGUGAUUGUGUGCUUCAACUUCCUCGUUGCGCUUGGCAAUUAUCUCAUCACCGUCAGUACUAGUGAUCAGAUUAGUGGGGUACCAGGCUUUCGCCAAGUUGCGACCUACAACAGUGCUAUCGUUAUAGCACAUUUACUCAAUGUACAGUCUACGGCAUCCACUGCCUAUGAUGUCGCCCUCGGAGUACAAUGGGUCUUCACCAACUGCAACAACGGUGGCCAAGUUGCUGGAUCGGCUGCUGCACGCGGCAAUGGUGAUCUUGUGGUCCAGUCAAGUGGCUACUACCACUGA